GGCCGGCGUGGCGGCCGCGGCAGUUGCGCGACGCCGCCCGGCCUUCCCGCAGCUACCCUAGCGUGCAACGCCUCUCGCUCCGCCCGCGCGUGAGCUUGGGUGGGGAGGAGAGAGCCAGGAAGCGGCGAGCGCGCCGGGGAGCGCAGCUGCAGGCGUGGGGGCAGCAGGAGCCGCGGAGCCGACGCCGAGGGCGGCUGCGGCCGGAGCGGGCGGCAGAGACAAAGGCGACGAUAGGGCCAGUUUUGAGUGUGUGGAUUUUUGAGUGAAACCUUGAACCCAAAUGAGAAGGAGCUGUCAAGGAUCAACUAUUGACAGUGAGCCUGCAGAAUCACCUGUGUGUAUUAUAUGGAAUGUUCUCAGCCCAGAAUAUCUGAAUGGUAUGAGGAGUGAUUACCUGUUAUAGGCUCUGGCUCAAGACGACAAUUUUUAUACUUUUCUGGUGGUUGAGAAAUGAGUCUGUAGUACGAGAAGCAAAGAAAGGAAACAAUCAGACUUUUUCUUUAUUCGGUUAACUAUUUAAGAUACUUGACUUCCAGGAACAAAAACCACAGUGAAAUAAUAAGACUAUCAUUUUGCAUCAUUGGACAUUCAUCAUACUGAGGAGUGUAUUUUGUGGAACUUCCUGAGUUGAGAUUUGGAAUCUUCAUUGGUGCUCAUUUGUACCUUGGACUGUAAGCAUGAGUGAAUUCUGGUUGUGUUUCAACUGCUGUAUUGCAGAACAGCCUCAGCCUAAAAGGCGACGGCGGAUUGACCGAAGUAUGAUUGGAGAGCCAACAAACUUUGUACACACGGCUCAUGUAGGAUCAGGAGACCUCUUCAGUGGAAUGAAUUCAGUUAGCUCCAUUCAGAACCAAAUGCAGUCCAAGGGUGGAUAUGGAGGCGGGAUGUCUGCCAAUGUGCAGAUGCAGCUUGUGGACACGAAGGCGGGAUAACCCUGGGCCCCUCUCCAGUCAUUAUGAAUUUCUAUAUUUCCUCUGUCCACUAUUCUCUAUUUUUUUGUCUUGUGAUUGUGGUUUCUUUUAUUUUUAAUUACACAAAGAAAUUACACAAAGAAGUGUGAUGCCAUCUCCUUCACCCCCUUGUGAUUACUCCAGUGACACGUUACUGUUCUGCUCUGAAGAAGAUACUGUCGAAUAAACCCUGCAUUUCCUUCAGCUGGCUUGCAUGCCUUUGGACUCAACGGACAGCAUUCUUUGGAUUGUAGCUGAAUUUCUAAUGUUUAAUCAAUAUGGAUCUGAUCUUCGCAUGAUUUUUUGUGAAUGCUAGUGCCAUUUUGCAGUUUUUUUCUAUUUAAAACAUUUUUCUAUUCACUGCCAACCCUCUGCCUUAUGAUUUUAUUAGAAGGACCUGCUAUUAUUUGUUAACUUAACCACCAUUUAUGUAUAUUUUGGUGAAGGUUUGAGACCCACAAGCACAAUGAUCAUUUUUAUUUGUUUUUAAAACUUCAGCAGAAUAGAUUAUCUGAUGCUUUAUGAAGUUGUUUUGGUGGGAGCCCAUGGGAUGCCAGAAAUGAAAAUUUCUUUGCUGCCCUGGGCUGAUGAUACUGCUGCUAUUAAAUAGAGAAAGUUUAGCUGUGGCACCAAGGCACGUCAUCUACACAGAGAGAGAGAACUUGUAGCUUAUUUUAGAAGUAUGACUUUUUGUCUGUUUGAUUAGAAUUGCAAUAAAAGAGAAGCUUGCAUUCAUAAGGCAUUCAUUCUGUUGUAAAUGUUCAGUAUAUUUAUUUUGAGAGCGAGGACCUGUGAUUGUGAACAGGUGUGGUUGUGUCUGAGUGUUGUGGUAAUCUUCUCUUCCAGUCUGAUUCUGAACAUCUUCACCUAGUAGCUGUUCAUUUCUUUGUGUACUUAUUCUUUUAUAUUCUGGUAUCCAGUUGUUUCCAGAAGCAGUUUGUUGAAAUUCUGGCCUACAUUGCUAACUGCAGACCCCCAGAGUCAUUGGCCUUUCUGUAUUCUAUGUAUUUGGGGGGCAGGAAGUUGCCAAGAGCAACACACUGACCCGCCUGAAUUUUUGUCAGUGAAAACAACCAGUAGGGCGACUUUUUAUGGUAUUGGUGAGAAGCCUUUGCUCAGGUUCCAAUAUAUGUUUAUCUUCCACAAAUUUUGUGUAUUUCAUAUAUUUUUGUAAAGGUUUCUUCUUCCUCUUAGACCGUAGUGUUAAGCCAGAGUCAGUGGUUUGUGUUCUCAUUAAAAUGUUUAAAUCCUACAUCCAAUUCAUGCCUUAGUCUAACUACAUUUAGUGAGAUUAACAUUUCAUGCAACAAAGGGGCUUACUUGAAAACUUACAGAGCUAUAGGGAUUAGGUAAUUGAAGAAAGGAACUGUGAUCCUUUUCUCUUCUGCUUUCAUUUAUACCCUUUACCUUAAGCUUGGUCUCCAGUUUUCUGUGAAACAGGUAACUGAGUAAAUGUUAGGUUUAUGUAGGCAAAACGUGAAACCACUUCUCUUCCAUUUAUUUCGAAUUUAAUUUAGCCAGUCCAGUGGGCACCUUGUAGUUUGCAAUUUUGAAUCUUCAUAAAUUCAAUCUCAAGCCUAGAGAGAAUCUGUCAAGGAAAGACAUAUGGACCCUUCAAAAUAGGCAUUUUACAAUUUGAUUAAUAACUUAUAAACUGUAAUGUACUGUGUAGACAUUGCAUUCUAGAAUUUGCCUGAGUACCCUUGUAAUUUUGCUCAGCCAGGGCCAGUUUCUUGCCAGGGACGUUGCUGUAUGCAAGCUCUUUGAAAGACAGAUUGGAUUUUGUUGGCAUAAGCAGCACUGAUGCUAUUUAGUCUACUUCUAUUUUGAUUCUUUAUAUUAGUACAGUUAUUUGACUUGUCAUAAAUACAGGGAGCCCUGGUCCCUUUUCCCAACUCAUGAUUUCAUUUUCUUCUUUUUUCCGAUUGCUGUCUUCCCCACAGCUCCAAGGACAGGAAGUGUGGGGGUGUAUCUAUCUCCACGGAGGGGCCCCUGUUGUGCAGCUGCCACUAACUCCACAGCUACAGUAGCUACACUUUAGACAAGAACAGAUGCUAGUGGUGCCUGGGAAGGUGCCAGGAAAACCAAGAAAUAAAAGUACAAAAGAAAUUAGGUCUUAACCUUGGACUUGCAUUUUUUAAGGGAUGGUUGAGAAUAGUUGAGAGGGUGAAGGGGGGCAGCUUUCCACAUUCAUAAAUGGGAUUGCUUCGGAGGCCAUUUGUGCCCCACAGCAACCUAUCUCGUUUUUAAAUUGAAGCUAAUUGGGGUUUUACUACUCAAAAGUCAUUAUUCUGUUAAUACUUUGCUGAAAUAUAUGUUACAAGGGAAACUAAAGAUUUAAUCACAUGGAUUCUGUUGGCAAUGAUCUGCGUUCUGUAAGGAGAGAGUACUUUCCCAUGCAGCAGGCAUGCAGUGGUGCCAGGAAGCAGAGUGAAAACGCUGGUGGUCAUUAACAUUGGGCUCAGCAUUAUCAGUGGACCUUUGAAAAUACUUUGUGAGUACAUCAGCUUUCACUUUAGUUACUAAAUUAUAGCAGUUUCAUUAUAGAGAACAAGUUUGCCUUGAUUUUGGUUAAAAUAACUUCUGGUCAGUACCCAGAAGAUAAAAUGGACUUAUUUUUAUAAUAUAAGCAUACUUUUUUUGUACAUUGUGUUCAUCCUUGAAUAAAGUGAGUUCAGUGUUGGCUUGCAGUUAUUAAAAAGAAAGUAUUGAUUUUGAUUCAAUAAAUGUCUUCUUUCAAUCCUG